AGUUAACCUUAAUCGUGCUGGGCAUGACAGCAGCCUGUAUAGUUGAUCACCGAUUCCACUGAACGUUUCUAUCGUCAUUUCUGAGAUCGAUUUAAUGCCCAACAGGAAACUGGCAUGAGCUGGGAUUGAGAGUCGCUGUAGCUGUCAUAGUGAUUGGGUUUUCAAAAUAACUUCUAAAUAUUACGCGCAUAUUAUUAGGAAAACAUGUCAACGUGCUUAUAACUAUUAUCGCCAAGACUAUUAUGAAGAACACGGGAAAUGUCUUUCUCAAAGGAACAUGAACACGUAAAGCAGGGUUUGGACAGGCAAGCUUCAAAGACGUUACUUGUGGACGGUAUAGACUUACAUUUUAAAAGCUGUGUCACAAGACACGGGAAUCAGACCGACUAGUUUCUCACGACACCACACUGUCCAAAAAGGUCUUUGCUGGUAAGACAUGGACAACCCUGAGUACCGCAGAGGAAGCUUUAACAGCAUGCAGAGCGGCACCAGUGAUGAGGACAUGGUGGAGAUAGCUGGAGCCACAUUGGAUUCCUCAGUGACAGACGAUGUGCUACCAUUGGACAGGGAUGUUUCCAGGGGACACUCCACUUUUAAUGGAGAAGGCUUGAAUGGUGCAAGUAAGAUGAUGGAUUUCCUAGAGGAGCCUAUCCCAGGGGUGGGAACGUAUGAAGAUUUCAAUACUAUCGACUGGGUGAGGGAGAAGUCAAAGGACAGAGACAGGCACAGAGAGAUUGCAAAUAAAAGCAAAGAGUCAACAUGGGCACUUCUACAGAGUGUGAGCGAUGCUUUCUCUGGCUGGCUGCUGAUGCUCCUAAUUGGUCUUAUGGCAGGUUCCCUUGCUGGUCUGAUCGAUAUCUCUGCUCACUGGAUGACGGAUCUGAAAGAGGGGGUGUGUCUCUCUGGGUUCUGGUUCAAUCACGAGCACUGCUGCUGGACCUCCAAUGAGACCACGUUCAUCGAGAGAGACAAGUGCCCUCAGUGGAGGAGCUGGGCCGAGCUCAUUGUCGGACAGCCAGACGGAGCGUUUGCCUACAUAGUCAACUACCUGAUGUACGUCAUCUGGGCCCUGCUGUUCUCAUUCCUGGCUGUGUCCCUCGUCAGGUCUUUCGCUCCUUAUGCUUGUGGGUCUGGAAUCCCAGAGAUUAAGACCAUUCUGAGUGGCUUCAUCAUCCGGGGGUAUCUUGGGAAGUGGACUCUGGUGAUCAAGACCGUCACCCUGGUUCUGGCUGUGUCGUCGGGGCUCAGUCUGGGCAAGGAGGGACCGCUGGUGCACGUGGCCUGCUGCUGUGGCAACAUCCUCUGCCACCUCUUCACCAAGUAUAGUAAGAAUGAGGCCAAGCGGAGAGAGGUAUUGUCUGCAGCAGCAGCGGCUGGAGUCUCAGUGGCUUUCGGUGCCCCUAUCGGAGGAGUCCUGUUCAGCCUGGAGGAGGUCAGCUACUAUUUCCCCCUGAAGACCCUGUGGAGGUCCUUCUUCGCCGCCCUGGUGGCAGCUUUUACCCUGCGCUCCAUCAACCCGUUUGGGAACAGCCGGCUGGUGCUGUUCUAUGUCGAGUUCCACGCCCCCUGGCACCUACUGGAGCUCAUCCCCUUCAUCAUGCUAGGUAUCUUCGGGGGCCUGUGGGGGGCUUUCUUCAUCCGCACCAACAUAGCCUGGUGUCGCCGCCGCAAGACCACCAAGCUGGGCCGCUACCCCGUGCUGGAGGUGCUGGUGGUGACAGCCAUCACAGCCAUCAUCGCCUUCCCCAACGACUACACGCGCAUCAGCACCAGUGAGCUCAUAUCAGAGCUCUUCAAUGACUGCGGCCUGCUGGACUCUUCCAAGCUCUGCGACUACAUCAACGACAACACCACCAAGACCACCGACGACCGCGCCGCCGGCCCCAACGUCUACACUGCCAUGUGGCAGCUCGCACUGGCGCUCAUCUUCAAGAUCUUCAUCACAAUCAUCACCUUUGGCAUGAAGGUCCCAUCAGGACUUUUCAUCCCGAGCCUGGCUGUGGGUGCAAUAGCGGGCAGGCUGCUGGGAAUUGGAAUGGAACAGCUGGCCUAUUACCACCACGACUGGGUCAUCUUCAAAGGCUGGUGCAGCCCGGGGGCAGACUGCAUCACACCAGGGCUCUAUGCCAUGGUGGGAGCAGCAGCAUGCCUUGGUGGGGUGACCAGGAUGACCGUGUCCCUGGUGGUCAUCAUGUUCGAGCUGACCGGCGGGCUGGAAUACAUUGUGCCUCUGAUGGCUGCGGCCAUGACCAGCAAGUGGGUGGCAGACGCGAUUGGCCGAGAGGGGAUCUAUGACGCCCACAUACGUCUGAAUGGAUACCCCUUCCUGGAGGCCAAGGAGGAGUUUACACACAAGACCCUGGCCAUGGAUGUGAUGCGGCCGCGCAGGAAUGACCCGCCGCUGACCGUGCUCACACAGGACGGCCUGAAGGUGGAGGACGUGGAGACUCUCAUCAGUGAGACCACGUACAGUGGCUUCCCCGUGGUAGUGUCGAGAGAGUCCCAGAGGCUGGUCGGCUUCGUUCUGAAAAGAGAUCUUGUUAUAUCAAUAGAAAAUGCUCGAAAGAGGCAGGAUGGUAUUGUUAGCUCUUCAGAUAUUUACUUCACAGAGCACAUUCCACCACAGCCUCCCAGCAGCCCAGCAACGCUCAAACUGCGCAAAGUCAUGGACCUGAGUCCCUUCACUGUCACCGACCACACGGCAAUGGAGAUUGUGGUGGACAUCUUCCGCAAGCUGGGCCUGCGCCAGUGUCUGGUCACUCACAAUGGCCGCCUUCUGGGAAUUAUCACGAAAAAGGACAUAUUAAAACACAUGGCCCAGGUAGUAAAUCAGGACCCAGACUCCAUUCUUUUCAACUGAAGUAGCCUCCCCUUCACUGUGACUGCACACAGGAUGACGGGAUACUCCCACUAGCUUCUUUUCAUACAGACUGGUCAGAUUAAUUGCACUACUUUAUCUGUGGGAGUGUCUUUUCACCUGGGUUCCUUUGUGUCGAAUCGAACACAGCAUCACCUGUACAGGGGACCCAUACUAGCCACUGUGGUGCAGCCGAUCCUGAAUAGAAACAUGACUGGACAUGAUAUUCAUUGCUGCGUGAUCUCUGUCCUGUCCUUAACAUAUCAACUUGAAGAGGUCGGAGCUGUACAGUAAAUCAGGGUCGGGCACUGCUGAUUUCCUCUAAUGUAUGUAAACAAUGAAGGGACAAUACAAACCUGGUAUAUAAUGCGGCAUUGACAGCGGCAGGAUGAUUCUGGGACUCGAUACUGACAAGGGAAGGCAUCUCUGGUUAAACUUCCCAGGACCGUGCUGGUAAAUUCCCGGGUGUGAAAGUGUUUGUGUUUCAUCUGUUAGACCUGGUUUGUUGGAGGCACGCACUGGCACAGGUUGGUUUUGUCUGAAUGCUCUGCAAUUUCUGAGAGUGCAUCAGCAUUCACCAUGCGUCUUGCACAAGCUGCACAGUGCAGAGCAGUUUCAUAAAUCAAGAAACUAAACUGUGAUCCCUCCAUCAGUAAUAUUAUUUGAUCUAUUUGACACCGAAGAAGGAAAACUAAUUAUACAAUGGUUUUGAGAAGCAGAAUAAACUAAUGUAUUAGUCCAAAAUCACUGCACAUGCACUGGUGAAAAUAGAUUCUCUCCGAGACUGUGAGUGUAGCGCUGCUGUCCUAAUAACAGUUGCACAAGCAGUUACUGUGCUGGUGGCACAAUUAAUUAUCACCAGAGUCAAAGUCUACAAAAUGUAAGAUUAUAAGGGGCUUGAGAGAAUGAUGACAUAUUAAUGAGAAAUGUUUUUUAAAGACUUUAAACUUGAGCCCAGAUCCAGGGGCAAAGAUGUGUUAUUAGUGGUAACAGUAAAUACCUGUCUAAAAACCAAGCUGGUUCCCAGCACCUAGUAAGGAUUUACAUUAAAAUGUGCGCUUGGGACUGGGGACAUUGUCUUAAAAGGGUUCUACUGUAUUGUUAUUAUAAUGAAGCAUAUUUUCACUUCACGCUGGGGGAUUUCUGGCAAAGGCAAAAUCUAAACAAAUGAAAGUGAGAGAUGUGAUCCAGCACGCCCCCACUGCCAGAACAAAGGCAGAGCCUGCGUGAGUUUGUAACUGCAGUCAGAGCCAGCUGCAUGGAUCUGUUGCAUGUCACUACACUGUAAAAAGCUCUUUCCUAACUCUCCGUAGAACCUUUUUAUCUUCUGUUAAUUCCCUUGUUAAGGAGCUCUCCAUCUGGUUAUACACAAUCACAACGACACUCUCAGCAGGAGUAUCCGUACACAUUAUUAUUUGCAGGGAUGUUGACUUCAGUUUAUUAAGUCAUAGUCAGCAAGGAUACAGUCAGAGGAAUAUCGGAGAUAAUCUAAAUGUGCAGAUCAUUCCCAGGAUUGCGUUAUCCCCUACAUAUGUAUUGCACUUUUCAGGUGUAUAUUGAGAUGUUAUAGUAAGUUUAAACCUCCAACUUCCUGGCAGAGUAUGUUUGGUAAUGUGUAGUGACAAUGAGGACUUUAAACACUUUCCUUCAAAACCAAUAAGGAAGUCCAUAACGACACAGAGAGAGAAAGAGAUGUGGUCCUUGGUUUUUGUAUGUGCAGUGAUUUUAGUUUUUUUUUUUUUUUAGCAAGUCUUGCCAUGAACCUGUAGGUAACCAGGUUCAAUUACCACUCUGCAGUUAGUUUUUUUUUCCCCAGGAUGGCGCAUAAACAUAUUUUAAAAUAUUAGGGCUGUUAUCACAAUUUUUAUGCUGAAUCAUUCCAUUGAUCAAGACUGAAUAGCCUGGAUGAAUCCUUAAAAAUUAAAUGAAUACCUGUGCUAACUGAGAAGAUGCUGUUUAUUUUAUUUUGUCCUUUCUUGACCCUGUUCUAAUGGUUCUGAGUGGUGUUUUUGGUGCUCCAAUGAAGAGUUGUAUUAUCCCUCUAGGAUUGUGAUAAGUAUUAGUGAUGAGAAUAUAGUGCGCCAGUACAUAUCACACUGAAGCUCUAUUUUGAGAACCACUUAUCAUGUUAUAAAACUUGUGAUAAGUUCUUGAGUGUAUAGAGCAGAGUGACAUAUUUUCAUGAGUUUUGGUCUCGGUGACUGGUUGGGAAGGCAUAUUCUGAACACCAUUCAACAAAAUCGAAAACCUUCAGCUGUUCAAAUGAAUGUAAAUGAUUUUAAUGAAAGGUCUUCUCACAAGAACAGUCCAGUCCCUAAAUGUUAUCCAUUUCCAAGGGAUGAUGUACAUCUGGGAGUUGGACAAUCCACUCAGAGCCUUUGUUGUUUACAUUUGUGUAUCCCUAAAGGAAAAACCUAAUAAACUCCAAAGCAAUAAAAAACCUCAUGAAAAAAAUAAAACCAACAACAAAACAAUGAAAUGCUAUUUGAAAGAUUUUGUUCUUUUUGCACCUUUUUUUUUUUUUUUUGUUCUACAGGACCCAUAAAACUUUGAUAAUACAAAGUAUCUGUUGGAACAUCUAAGUGUUACCAAAACAAGCUAUUAAAUAGUAACAUUUCGAUUCCUUUUGACAGAUAUGUAAAAGAAAAAAAUCUUUCUUAAUUCCAUAUUCAUCUUUGUUAAAGUGCCAAGUUCCACCAUAUUUGAGGGCGAAUUGGCUUUAGAUCCUUUAAUAUCCAACUUGACAAAGUUAUGAGAUGAAUCAGUAACUGAUUCCUCUCAUUUGUACAUUUUCUUAUGUUCUUCUUAUUUAACUCGGAUGUGCCAGCAAGACCGUUGAGUUCAGGUUUGAGGCGAGUUCAUCCUAUAUUUAAUCAUGUCUGUCGAGUGACAGAAAGUGGCAUUCUGGAAGUACUCUCUAAUUUUAUGUUUCUGUUUAUUAUCUAUGUCUAGGUAUAAUGUAACACUUCUAAACCUAAUUUGUGUUGAGAUAUGGAUUAUUUUUGUGUAUGUUAAAAAUCCAAUGCAAAUGUGUGUUGUAACAUUCCAUUGUAAUAUACAGUAUUGCAUCCUCUGUGCAUGAAUGUGAAUAAGAAGGCAUAAUUAAAGACCAUUACCUAAUCACCUUUUUAAUGUAUUAAAAAAAAAAAAAAAAAAAACUUGCAGUAACUAUUUCGGACUUGCUUUGCUUUCUUAUUUUCUAUUACAGGUAGUUAAAAUCUGAAACACUAUAGAAAUAGAAAGUUGCAGUAUUAAAUAACUGUGUUUCAGUGACAUACCUUUGACGUUACAAAUCUUUUAUUACUGUUCAUACCAAUUUUAAAUAUAGAUUUAUAUGUUAAAGUCAAUUCAACAGCUCAGGAGAACUGAACGUCAGUGGCCGUCCUCCGAUCCCUUGACCAAGCCAAUUGUCUCUUUACACCCAGGAGCUCGACAGCAGAUUUCAGCAAGCUACUGGCACCUCAAGGACAAAAGGCAAGCUCACCAGGCGCCUGGCCUUUUAUGGUCCACUGUAGCACGAUGCCAGUUUUGCAUCCCUAAUCCACAGGAGCAACAGAACAAUUGCAACACUCCUUAUGGAAUCCCCAGCGCAGACCGUGACCUUUGCAUAGCCAGGAUGCAAACCUGCUCUCCCUUGACUAUGACUUGCCCUGCACAUCAUGUGACCAGGCUUUUACCAGGUGAGCCACUUGGGGACCAAGUAAAGUCUUGAUCACUACACCCAAUUAUUGUUGAUUGGGUAACUGGAGACAGUCUGGGCUAUUGAACAAGAACUUUGAUGUUUUCACCCAAGUUUUAUAAUAUUUAAUCGCAGAGAAUAUUGCAUGCUCCUCAGGGGAAUCACAUUGAAAUUAUUUGAGGGUGUCAAUACCUGCGGAUACUUGCAACUGUGACGACACUGGGAAAGGACAUUAUUUAGCUUAAAUUAUUUGAGAAUCUGGGAUAUAUAUGGAGGCACAUGUCUAGGUAUGCCACACGUUUACCUUUCAAGAGAACUACUUUUUGUGAUGAACUUUGUUUCAGUAAGAAUAUUCAUAAACACAAAAUAUCCCUCUUUAACCCACUAAUAAAGUAAACUGGUUUGGAAAUGGACAUUGCAUGUAAUUCUCUGCAUGCAAAGUCUUUAAGCCACUGUGGGAAGAAAUACUUGUCAUUGUUGUUUGUUUUUUUUAAGGUUCGUUAAGUUCAGUGGGGAAAAAUAAGUGUUUAUGCAUUCAGGAAAAGCUAACAAUCACCAACAGCAAAGUGGCUGGAUACACCCAGCUUCCAGCUCUUCCUCUGAGACAGGGAGUUGAACUUCAUCAAGAGGUGCAUAGGAGUCUCUGAGGCAGAACAAGCCACAUUAACAUAACUGAGCAGAAAAUGAUGGUGUCCUGCCAACGCGUGCACUUUCUAGUUUAAAGACAGCUGUUCUAUACCAAUUGCAUUUGAUUUCCCCAACAAGUAAUGAUUCCCAUUAAAACAACAAAAAAAGACAUAUUGAAGGUUUACUACAUACCUUAAGAACGCUAGUCACAUUUUGAUGAAACUUGAAAUAUUAUAUCAGAUCAUUCAAAAUCCACACAGAGACUGCAUGCGUUUCUUCAUUGUUCCCAUAAUUACAGGUAAUACACAGUAACCCACACUUGACCUUUUUUUGUCCCUGGUGUUUUGGUGUUAAACAAGUUGGUUCAGUUUGGUUAAAAGAAAAAAAAAUCUAGAGAUUCAAGAUCAGGUCUUAAUAACAGCGUCACUGGAUGCUUGUUACAUAAUGAAGAGCUU